AUGGAUGAUUCUUGCGAUCAUGGGACUAAACAAUAUGCAGAGGAUGAUAUUCUCAGAGAAGAACCACUACAACAACAACAAGAAGAAGUGCAAGAGAUAACUUCUGAAAUGUAUGAACGUGCUUUGUUGCAGGAGGAAAACACAUCACUACGCGCCAAGGUAACGACCCUAGAGCACGACUUACGUGAAUCACGCCAAGAGGCCUCGGAAUAUCAACAUCUAUGCCAACAGUUGGAAAAGGAACUUAAGGAGCUAAGAAAUAAUGAACUGCAGGUGAAACCAAAGAGACUGAAAGUAAUAUCUGAUCUGCUGAUAUCUGUGUCUAAAGAUGAGCGAAAAGAAGCAAGAAUGAAAGUUCGGCAUGAUUCAAAGAGACUUGGCAAUGCCAAAGUUAUUAGAGCCGGAACAGUCAUAUCUGAGACCUGGGAAGAUGGGCAAGUUAUUAAAGAUCUUAAUGCUCGACAAAGGCAUUUUCUAGAGUUGAAGGAGGAUAUUGAGAGGCAGCGGAAGUCAUUAAAGAAAAGUCAGCCAGAUAAGGGUGAUGGAAGUGAUGCUGAAUCAGGAGCUCCAGAAGAAGAUAUCAUCAUCCAGGAUGAAAUCUAUGAAUCCCGUCUAGCCAGCAUUAAGCGUGAAGAGGAAUUCUAUUUGCGUGAACGAGAUCGAUAUGAACUAGAGAAGGGAGCACUCAUAUAUGAAAUGAAACGUAUUAGGGAUGAGGAUGGUUCUCGUUUUAAUAAUUACCAGAUCCUGAACCAUCGAUAUGCCCUCUUGAACCUUCUAGGGAAAGGUGGAUUCAGUGAGGUGUACAAGGCGUUUAAUUUGGUGGAGUAUAGGUAUGUGGCAUGUAAGCUUCAUAGCUUAAACGCCCAAUGGAGUGAGGAUAAGAAGCAAAGUUACAUACAUGAUGCUAUACAAGAAUAUAAUAUCCAUAAAACCUUCAUACACCAUCACAUUGUUCGUCUAUGGGACUUCUUUGAGAUAGAUCAAAAUACCUUUUGCACAAUUUUGGAGUAUUGCAGUGGUAAAGAUCUCAAUGCUGUUCUUAAAGCAACCCCUAUGCUACCAGAAAAAGAAGCUAGGAUAAUUAUUUUUCAAAUAUUUCAAGGGCUUGUUUACUUGAACAAAAGAAACCAGCAGAUUAUUCAUUAUAAUUUGAAACCUGGGAAUGUCCUAUUUGAUGAAUUUGGCGUUGCAAAAGUUACUGAUCAUGGUCUUAGCAAGAUUAUGGAGGAUGAUGUCGGAUCUCAAGGCAUGAAGCUUACAUCUCAGGGAGCUGGAACAUAUUGGUACCUUCCACCAGAAUGCUUUGAGCUAAACAAGAUCCCCCUCAUUUCGUCGAAGGUUGAUGUGUGGUCAACUGGUAUUAUAUUGUACCAAAUGCUUUUUGGAAGACAUCCUUUCGGGCAUGAUCAGACACAAGAUAGAAUAUUGUGUGAAGAUACUAUAAUCAAAGCCCGAAAAGUUGAAUUUCCUUCAAGCCCUUCCGUGUCAAAUGAAGCAAAGGAAUUUAUACGGGGAUGCUUAACAUAUAACCAGGAAGAUAGACCUGAUGUGUUAAAUGUUGCUCAAUAUCCUUUUGUAUGCUUUUAGCUUAUAAUGCUGCUAAAAAAUGCAUAGCUAUGUGUUACGAUAGUUUGUUAUUCAUUGCUAUUGAAGAUGAGGGGUUUAAAGAUA